AUGAGCGAUUACACCAGGAUGGUACCUGGAGGCUUGAGUGAGGCAAGACCUGCCACUCCAGAAAUCCAGGAGAUUGCUGAUAAGAUUAAACUACAGCUUGAAGAAAAAACAAAUGAGACCUACCAAGAAUUUAAAGCUGUAGAAUAUAAAACUCAAGUAGUUGCUGGAACUAAUUUUUACAUUAAGAUAAGAGUAGGUGAUGGUGAAUAUAUUCAUGUGAGAGUAUUCAGAGCUCUUCCUGGACAAAAUAAGGAGUUGGAACUUACUGGUUAUGAGACAGGCAAACGUGAAGAUGACGAGCUGACUGGCUUUCACCACUGA